GAUAUUAAAAAUAAAAAUGAACAACUUGUUACUCAAAUAGAAUUUAAAAGCAAGCUUUCCAGACCUCUUCUUUUUGGCUUGCAAUAUAAAAAUGUAGAGGCUGUUCGUAAAACAUUAUCAUCAAAUAUAUUAAUAAAAAUUAAGCCAUUUAAUAGUUAUAGCAAAUCAAUACAACGAUCACAUAUAACAGGUUUAGAAAAACGUUUACUGGAAGUUGUAGAGAAAGAAAAAGAAAAUUUUUUUAAUCUUGAUGAUAAUAUUGUAUUUAAGCAAACAAAGUUUGAGAUUAAUAGUUACACAUAUAAUAUAAAUUAUAGAAAGAUUGACAAUCAGCUAAUUGAAUUGCAAACACAAGCUAUUGUAAAGUUGAUUGAUCAUGAUCGAAUUUCUAGAGAUACAUAUAGAUCUUUAUCUAAAAUUGACCAAUCAUUAAUUUGGGCUAAUGCAGUUUACAAUAUGAGACAAGAAAUUAUAAAACAAGUAAAUAUGAAGAUUUCUAUAAGUUUAGUUGAUAUUAAUUAA